AUGAGGCUCCUCACGCACAACUUGCUGGCCUGCAACCGGCACCAGUGCACAGGCGGCUUCCCGCUGAAGAUCGUCGUGGACGCCUCCAACGAAGAGGCGACGACGCUGGAGUCCUCUGAUUUCCAGCCUGAGCUCGUCCGCGCGCUCCUGGCGAAGCUCGACUGGGAAGCGCUCGUGAAGACUGCCGAGCAGUUCGGACUUCAACUGCCUCCUAGCUACACGGAAGCCGAUCAGAACGAUGAGCACUUCCUCCGCGCAGUUCACGAGGCCGUCGUUGAGUUCCACGUCUUGGAAGGCAAGCUCGUGUGUCCUGUGUGCAAUCGAGAGUACCCUGUGUCCAACGGCAUUCCGAACAUGCUCCUUCAAGACGACGAAAUUUGA